UUUUGACGUGUACCCAAACAAACGUCAUCGAUUUGUCUAACAUCCAAAUAACUCCAACAAACCGGUAGAAAAACGCGUGUGUCCUCAAAAUAAAAGUGAUUCUGAUGAAAGUGUAAGUUGUGGCGGCUUCUCUUAUGGUUAUGGUUUGUUAAAAAAAUGCUCACGACCGAGGAAUAUGAUUACAAAGCUUACGAUUUAGAGAAUGGAAAUAAUCAGUUUUUGAAUGAUUUAGAUUUCCAUUCAGAUGAAGAUUUCCUCCAAGCUCUUUCAUCGGAAUUAGACAUCCCAUCGCUUUUAAAUCCCAACGACGAUUUAGGAGUAUUAAGUUCCCUUCUGGAUCGAACGCCCGACGAAAUUCUAUCCGAAGUAACUCCCCCCGUCUCAAAAUACGAUAUAAACGAUGAAAUCGACGAGUUAAAAAAAUACGAUUUCACCCAAAAAACGUGGAGUUUAGAUUCGUUUCCAAACUUACAAGCUGACGUGAAAAUCGAAUACCCAUCUUAUUCCCCUAAAUCCGACAGCCCAACACCUUCGAGUAGCAGCUCAACAUCUCAAAAUGAAAGAAACAUUAAAGAAGAGAUUAUUAUUGAUACCCCACCGAUUUCGCCGAAUUCCUACGAAUUCAACGAUAACACAAACGCGGUUUUAAAAGUACCUAUCCCGAAAAUUACUAAAAAUAAAAUUAAAUCACCUUCAACUACGUUUAUUAUUGACGAUGUUCCCGUUAAGAAACCGAAAGUUGUUAAUCAAACUCAAAAUGUUAACGUGGUUGUUUUGGAAAACGUCCAAACCGUUCCAAUGCAACAAGUAAAUGGUUUAACGAAUUUAAAUAAUGGAAAUCACACGUAUUUUCCGAUCGUUAUAAAUGACGGUUUGGAUAGUAAGGCGUUAAAGAGGCAACAGAGGAUGAUUAAAAAUCGGGAAUCGGCGAAUUUGUCGAGGAAAAAAAAGAAGGAGUAUUUGUUAUCGUUGGAGAAAAAGGUGCAAGAUCUUUCAAGUGAAAAUGAAAGUUUAAAGAAAGAAAACGCUCAAUUGAAAGAAAAAUUAAUUAAAUUUUGUAAAUUAAAUGGUAUUAAUGGACAUGUUCAACAAAAAACGAUUACUAAAACAUUAGUUCUUUGCGCGUUUAUAUUCACUUUAGGAUUUAAUCUUGAUUAUAUACGAAACCCAGUAAGUAGCUCAAUUAAAACACAUAAUGAAGUUUCUCCUAUUUUUGAUCGUCAUCGAAGAUCAUUAUUAUGGUCUGACGAAGAAAUUUCAAACAGCACCACUUCCAACAAUAAUAAUAAUAGUAGCAAUAAUAAUAAUCAUUCGCAAGAGUUACCAAUGUGUCCCAUCUACAUAAAUCAAAGUGAAAAUGUUCGAUUAGCUUUAGAAUUACAUCGUUGGAUAGGAAAACCUUACAAUAUGUCGGAAGAAAUCGACGCUUUCACGAAAGAAAAGCCGCCAACGACGAAAGAAAAAGAAAAGAAAUCGAAAAAGCCGAUUAAAUUAAAUUCACCGAUUUUAUCCCCAAUUUAUUACCGUUUGGGGAAAAAAUCGAGGAAGAUGCAACAAGUUCCAAACACGGAUAGCGAACUUCAAGUUUUCGUCCCAAACAUCGAUUCGCUUUACUCGGAAUUUUUCGAGGCUAUUAAUAGAAAAGAUGACACUUUCUACGUCGUUUCUUUCAGCCCCGAUCAUAUGCUUUUACCUGCUUUGAAUUACAACAAAACUUCUCGCCCGAAAAUGUCGCUUAUUAUGCCUUCAAUGAUGAUCUCAAAUGAUUCAAAUUCGAAUGCUUCAAAUACGAUUCCUUUAAUGCAAAUUGACUGUGAAGUUUUAGACACAAGAUUAAUUUACGUCAAAGAUCGAAUAAUACCGGAGCAUUUAAAAUCGACGAAUAGUUCGAGUUUUAAGGAAGAAGAGGAUGUCGGUGAAAGAGAUCGCGAGGAGAGGUUCAUGCCGUAUUUUAUACGUAAGAAAUUGAGAGGGUUAAAUGGGAUUAAUUAAUUUAAUUAAUUAAUGUAAAUUAGUUAAUUUUGUUGUGUUAAAAAUGUACAAAAAU